AUGGCCCUCUUUCAACUCCCUCCUCAGAUCAUAACACUGCAAAUCCCACUCCUCUACUUGAUCAACAUUCUCGCUCUCGCCGCCGGACCCAAUCACCACGUCCUUCGCGUUUCCAUCACUCUGCCACUCGUUAUUCUACUCAUCACCCAGUCUUUGUAUAGAGAAUGGUAUGCUGGUUGGGGAAAUCACUAUGCUAUCAAUUGUACGGUGUGGAGUGUUGUGUUCAACUAUGUUGAUUGGGUUUUGCUGGGUAAUCCGGAUAGAGAAGGGUGGUACAAGAUAAGAUAUAAGAACGAUGGGAAGAACGGAGAUGACGACAAAGACGAGAAGAAAGCGGAGGUUUCAAUGAAGACGUAUGAAGACGAACCAGGUGGUGCAGGAAGGACAUUCCCGAGUAGAAUUUGGUGGGCGCUUCGUCUCGCCACAACAAAUCGGUACACGGGAUGGAGUAACCAAGUCAAGAACGUGUACAUGGAAGUACCGGCUGACUACCCCCGUCUGUAUGUCUUCCGUGUUCAACCCCUCCUUCCCCUCGCCUCUAACAGGACUAAUUCCACUCCAGCAACUUCAUCGCUCGUAAAACCCUACGAACACUCAUCUUCUACUUCCUAA